CAGCAGUCCACACGUUCGUCCUUGUUUGUGGUGAGAUCAUGCCAGCCAAAGUGUUCUUCGACAUUGAGAUCGGAGGCAAGAGAAAUGGCCGCAUUGUCUUCCGUCUCUACGGAGAUACCCCAAAGACAAGCGACAACUUCCGGGCGUUGUGCACAGGCGAAAAGGGUCUUGGCAAAACCACGUACAAGCCUCUGUCGUUCAAAGGGACUAUCUUCCAUCGGAUCAUCAACGAUUUCAUGUGCCAAGGGGGCGACUUCUCCAACCGCAACGGGACGGGUGGCGAGUCCAUUUACGGCGGUAAAUUCAGAGACGAGAACUUCCUGCAUGCGCAUUCGAAGGCAGGGUUGUUGAGUAUGGCCAAUUCCGGCCCCAACACCAACGGAAGCCAGUUCUUCAUCACGCUGGCACCGACCAAGCACCUCAAUGGGAAGCAUGUCGUGUUUGGCGAAGUGGUUGAAGGCAUGGACGUCGUGCGGGCGAUGGAGCGAGUGCCCAAGGGGCGCAAUGACAAACCCGAGCAGGAUGUGGUCAUUGCAGACUGCGGCGAAGUCUCCGACAAAACCAGCGAGGUUGGGAGCAAGAAGGACGACAAACGAGCUGCGAAGGAAGAGAAAAGGGCAUUGAAGCGGGCGAAGAAGGACAAGAAGAAGGCCAAGAAGGAGGCCAAGAAGAAGCGAAAGCACGAGCGCAGCAGCGACUCACCCGACGGCCGAACACCUCCGAAGUCUCAAAACCAGCGACCCAGUCGAAGUCCCCUCAGCACUCCGCCUCGAAAUGCCAACAAGAAGAGCCCUUCCUCGAGCCCAUCCCCUGAUCGCCGUGGGAGAAGCCGCAGUCCUCGCCGAGGUGACAAAAGACGCUCCUCAAGUCCUCGGCAUUCAAGAAGCCGCAGUCCUCGCCGAGGUGACAAAAGACGCUCCCCAAGUCCUCGGCAUUCAAGAAGCCGCAGUCCUCGCCGAGGUGACAAAAGACGCUCCCCAAGUCCUCGGCAUUCAAGAAGCCGCAGUCCUCGCCGGGGUGACAAAAGACGCGCUUCAAGAAGCCGCAGCCCCCGCCGACAGGCUAGACGACGCUCACCAAGUCCUUAUCGUCCACGAAGCCGAGAUGACAAAAGGCGCUCCCCGAGUCCCUCCCGAAAGCACUAGCGACCUUAUUCAUUAGGGUUAAUAUUGUGCACUUUUCACCCAAAUUUGGAGUCAUUUAGCCCAUUUGAUCCA